AUGUUGAUAUAUUUGGUAACAUAUGAUGUUGUACAACAAAAAGAAUUAAUUCAAACAAAAUUUCAUCGUAAUGAUGAAGCAAUUCUUGCAUUAGCAAAAGAUCUUGUUGAACAAUUUAAUUCAUCAACAUCAAAUAAUAUUGAACAUUCAACAUCUUAUAAAAAGAAUCCAUCUGGAACUAGUAGUGAAUCACAUUUAAUGCAUGUAAAACUUUGA